AUUUUAAUGGUCACUUUGAGAUUUGCCCCUCCAAUACUACCCCGCCAAACUUUCAAUCGCCCAAGGGAAUAUUGAACCCUUACGAAUCGCAAAAAGUCCAUCCCUUCACAUUGCGAUCCCACCACAACUCUUCAAAAUGGUCCGCCAUAAGAAAGACAACUUCAGCUCCCGGGGCCGCAAACUCCACUCAGGCCCGCCGCGACAACGCCAACCCCGCGAUGGCGACGAUACCGACGGCCCCUCCACCCGCCCGUCCUUCAAGGCCGCCUGCUGGGACCUUGGCCACUGCGACCCCAAGCGGUGCUCCGGCAAGAAGUUGAUCCGGAUGGGCAUGAUGCGCGACCUCCACGUCGGCCAGCGGCACAAUGGCGUCAUCAUCACCCCCAAUGGCAAACACACCGUCUCUCCGGCCGACCGCGACCUCAUGGACCAGUACGGCGCCGCCGUGGUCGAGUGCAGUUGGGCGCGCAUGAAGGACGUCCAGUGGAACAAGGUCGGAGGCAAGUGCGAGCGGCUGCUGCCGUACUUGGUGGCUGCGAAUACCGUCAACUACGGCAAGCCGUGGAAGCUGAACUGCGUCGAGGCGCUGGCCGCGGCGUUUUACAUCUGUGGGCACCCUGAGUGGUCGGAGCAGGUUCUGGCGCCCUUUUCCUAUGGCGAGGCGUUCUUGGAGAUCAACGGGAGUCUAUUGAAGAAGUACGCUGCGAGUGAGGACGAAAAAGGGGUGAAGAGGGUUCAGGAGGAGUGGCUGGAUAGGCUCGAUAAGGAGUACGCGGACAGCAGAGAGGAUGCCGACGCCGACGACAUGUGGAAGGGAGGAAACACAAACAGGAGAGCCAUGGUGAGCUCUGAUGAGGAGGAUGACGAUGAUGACGAGGACGACGAGAGCGGAGACGAGUCUGGCGAAGGCGACAGCGUUGACGGGAUAUACCUGGGCAAGAAGCCUGCAAAAGAAGAAGAGGAGGAGGAGGAUGACAAAGACCCCUACGCGAUAUCAGACGAUAGCGAUGACGACGCGGCUAUGGAGGAGAUACGGCGCAAGGUUCUCGCGUCAAAGACAUUCUCAAACCCGGCAGCAGAGGAGAAGAAGAAGCCCGAGUCGAUAGCACGGCCACAAAACCUGAAGCCCGACUCUGAUGUCGAGCCAGACUCGGACAAUGGAGAGGACGAUGACGACUUUGACAACAUAAUCAAUGCCACGCCUGUCACGGAUAAGAUUGGGUUGGCUAAGCUCGAGAAGGAGCGGUCGCAAGCCACGACCACGAGUAGAACGUUCUCUUCGAAUACGGUUUCUGCUCCGAAACGGUGGUAAAAGAUAAAUAAUACAUAUUGAAGUUUGAGGUGGCACAAA